UAUUGAAAGAAAAAGAAAAGAAAAAGAAAAAAAAAAAAAAACUCAUGCUUCCCUCGUUCCUUGUUUUUCCAUUUUCAUUUUGAUUCGGUACCUGCCUGAACAAAUCCAAAUCUUGCCGAACAAGUUACACUGUAUUUUUCCUUUACUAAGCUUUGCCCCUUUAAUGUUGGCUUGUUCUGAUUCUGCUUUAAUUUGGCUGCUUAACAAUUGCUGCUUGCGUUGAUUGCACUCUCUGAUCGAAGAUGAGCACUGUAGCUUGAAGUUAACAGAAUUUCAUUUGAGAUAUACAUUUCUUGGUCAAACUCAUUGAUGGCUGCUAUUAGGCUUUCAACUUUGAAGAGAACCCUUAAUUUCUCUUAUAAAUUAGCAAAUCAGAUUGAUGUCAGACCUUCAUAUGCUUGCAUAAGUGGUAAUCUACAUUCUAGAGAACCCACCUAUUCAAAAAAUUAUGCUGACCCAAAAUGUUUUAAUACAAGGGGUAUACACUCUGCUAGUGGGACAAUUCAUGUUACCUCAUAUCUCAGUGAGAGAUCUGAUAAUAAAAGUCUGUGGGGAAGUAAAUCAAUUGUUGUAACUAGCCCCAUUUGGAAUAAUCGAUGGUAUUCGUCGUCUUUUAGUAGUAAAGGAGAUAGUCCUAAAGGUUCAGAAGUUUCAACUGGUGCAAGUGGGUCUGAUGUGGAUACAGGCGGUGUAAGUGGAAGUGAAUGGGUUGGAAAUAUUAAGGAAGCUUGGCGAACUGCCACAGAUGCUGUGACUUCUACUGGGGAAAAAGUGAAAGAGGCAUCUUCGGAAAUGACUCCUUAUGUUGAACAAGUGCUUAAUGCACACCCUUAUCUGAGAGAUGUAAUUGUUCCUGUUGGUGGCACUUUAACUGGUACCUUAAUGGCUUGGGUGGUGCUUCCAAGACUUUUGAGGAGAUUUCACAAGUAUUCUAUGCAAGGACCAGCUGCUUUGUUGCCUGGAAGCUCGAUAUGGGGGCAGGUGUCUUAUGAGAAAAGUAUUUGGGGUGCUAUGGAGGAUCCGGUUCGAUAUUUAGUCACUUUCAUCGCAUUUUCACAGAUUGCAGUGAUGGUGGCACCGAGCACUAUUGCAUCACAAUAUCUUCUCCAGACUUGGAGAGGUGCUGCUAUUCUUUCAUUUGUCUGGUUUCUACAACGAUGGAAAACAAAUGUGAUCAGCAGAGCUUUGGCUGUAAAGAGUCUUGAAGUAGGUGACCGUGAUCGGUUGUUGACUUUGGACAGAUUCUCUUCCGUUGGCCUCUUCAUCCUUGGGCUAAUGACUUUAGCUGAAGCUUGUGGAGUAGCUGUACAAUCUAUUUUGACCGUUGGUGGAAUUGGAGGAGUGGCUACUGCUUUUGCUGCUAGAGACAUCCUUGGAAAUGUUCUUAGUGGGCUCUCCGUACAGCUUUCACAACCGUUUUCAGUUGGUGACACGAUAAAAGCUGGAUCAGUGGAAGGUCAAGUGGUUGAAAUGGGGCUCACUACUACAUCAUUGUUGACUGCAGAAAAAUUCCCUGUUAUUGUCCCAAAUUCACUAUUUUCCAGUCAAGUGAUUGUGAAUAAAUCACGUGCUCAAUGGCGUGCCAUGGUCACUACAGUUCCUUUCCAAAUUGAAGAUUUUGAUAUUAUUGUCCAGAUAUCAGAUGAUGUAAAGAGCAUGCUUAAAUCUAAUCCAAAUGUUUUCUUGGAAAAGGAGGCACCAUACUGCUACUUGUCUAAAAUUGAAAAAUCAUUUGCAGAGCUAACUCUUGGGUGCAACUUAAGAUAUGCGAGCAAGGACAAACUGUUUUCUGCCCAACAGGAUAUUCUUCUGCAAGCAGUUCGAAUAGUCAAGCAGCAUGGGGGCACACUGGCUGAUCCUUGGAGUCAGUGAAUUGGAACAAAGAUGUCUUAGUCUAGUGGGUCUCAGAGGAAGGGCUUUAUUCAGUCAUGGAGGUGGAGUUUGAGGAUUUUGUGCUGUUCCAUUGGAAGCUUCACUUGAAGUUCAUAACUUUGUCAUAAGAUUCUACUAUUGAGCUACGUAGUACUUGAAUUUGCGAAUUUUUCUUGGAACUUUCGCGUUCUAUAGCGGCUCAACCUUAUAAACAAAAUGUGUCCAUUUAUUCAAUCUUAUCCGAAAUAGUCCAUUUUGUAUGUAUCUUGCAAAAAAAAACAAAGAAGGAUUUCAUCCCUAACCUGCAGUGAAGAAGAGAUGCUGGGGAUUGAAUAUCCCUAUGUUCCAAGUGGGACGACCUCCUUCAUUCAUUUUCAUCGAUCUUAGAGUAAUUUCCAAUACAUCUGCCAUUGUUAUAUGAUAUGUGCCUCAAACUCCAUUGUCAUAAUUGGUUUAUGAAGAGAGUUGGUUUGACCAAAAGUUGAGGAAAUUGGAAAACCUAUUUGGAAUUGACAACGUGAAAAAUCAUGGUUGAAAUUGUGGUUUGAGAUUUUGUUUUUUGUAUUUUUAGAUACUUAGAAAUUGAUCGAGAGUGAUACUUGUAUUGAUCAUCAUGGAUCUAUGCAUCACUGAUUAUACACUGAGUUUUGUGAUUUGUUAACGUUUUCGAUAAGUUGAUGAUUCAUGUUCGUUGGGAUUGUUAUAUUGAAGUUAAAUUUUGAAGCUA